AUGGAAAGCAUUAGAGAUUUAGUUGCAGACAAACCAGUGGUGGUUUUCAGCAAAAGCACCUGCUGCAUGAGCCACUCCAUUCAGACACUGAUCUCCGGAUUUGGAGCAAAGAUGACGGUGUACGAGGUUGAUCAGUUGUCAAACGGGAAGGAGAUAGAGAAGGCAUUGGUACAGAUGGGGUGUAAGCCGAGUGUACCAGCGGUGUUCAUAGGGGAACAGUUAAUAGGUGGGGCUAACCAGGUAAUGACUCUCCAAGUCAAGAACCAACUAGCCGCAUUGCUAAAAAGAGCCGGAGCCAUAUGGGUUUAA